CAUACUUAGAUGUUUCACUUUAAGCCUGAGCAUGUUUUUAAUCUAUGGUGACAGUUGGUGAUAGUCAGCUGUUGGUUUUUUUUAAUAAUAAAAAUUGACCGGUUAAAAUGUACUUGUUUUUCGAAAACUAUUUUAAUCUACUUCUCUAAGUUUGCAGAAACUUCAUCACCCUCGUAGAAAUUUGAUACGGUUUUAAACUAAAUGUAUUUAUGACAUGGAUUUUGAUAACUUUAAACUUUGAUGUGUAAUACAGUGUAGUUUUUUAAUUUUGUGUUGUCACUUAUUAUCAUUUUUUAGAAUUAUCGAAGCAUUUAUUCCGUUUGUUCCAUAUGACGCAUUAUUGGUAAAUUAUUCUUUGUUUACCUGAAGUGAUCAGUAAUAGUUAUGAAUCAUGUUUAAACUUCCAAGUAACUAUUGUAAAAGCCUUUUAAUAUAAUAUGUUCUGCUUCUUUCACAAAUUCAAGAAAUGGAUUCAACAAGCCAUCAUUUAAUAAGUGAUGAAUAUACAGAAGUGUACAGCAGACUUUCUCUGCGAUUACAGUUAACUUACGGUAUAGGACAUGUACUCAAUGAUAUCUGUGCCUCUAUGUGGUUCACAUACCUUCUUGUUUUCUUUCAUCUGGUGCUACAAUUUGAUAAUUGGGAAGCUGGAUUAAUAUUAUUAAUAGGACAGAUUGCUGAUGCAGUAGCUACCCCAUUUGUUGGGUUCCACUCCGACAAUUCAGAUAACUUUUGGUUUUGUAGAUAUGGAAAAAGAAAAACCUGGCAUCUUGUUGGAACAAUUUGUGUAUUAGGAGCUUUCCCAUUUAUAUUUUCCCCUUGUAUUAAUUGUGAAGGUAGUCACAAAUGGGCCCAAAUACUAUAUUAUUCAGUAUUUGUAAUAAUUUUCCAGUUUGGUUGGGCAGCAGUUCAGAUAUCUCACUUGUCCCUUAUUCCAGAACUUACACCAAAUGAACAUGAUCGCACAAAAUUAAUUGCUAUCAGGUAUUCUUUUACUGUAAUUUCUAACGUGCUUGUCUACUUGAUUACGUGGGCUGUGUUACACAUCAAUAGUGAUUCUAAUGAAUCUCAGAUUGGACCAUCAGAUGCAUACAAAUUCCAAACAGUUGUAUGGAUAGGUCUUUCAAUUGGAAUAUUUUGUUCAGUUAUAUUCCAUUUAGGUAUUAACGAAGAAAACCAGUAUAGUAUAAAUAACGUAAGGGCAGGCCAGCCUAAAAGACAUGUCUUUGACUUACUGUCCAGGAUAGAAGUUUAUCAGGUGGCUUUAACGUAUAUGUCAACGAGAUUAUUUGUUAAUUUGAGCCAAGUAUUUAUUCCACUAUAUUUACACGAAACGUUGAAUAUGGCCGCUAGUGCUUUAGCACUAAUCCCACUUAUUAUGUAUUUGGGUAGUUUCCUAACAUCCAUAGCAGUAGAAAAGAUUAAUCGCGGUUUCGGCAGAAAGAUAGCAUACGUAACUGGGACAUUAAUAGGAGUUUCAGCGUGUGUUUGGAUACAGUUUGGAUCAAAAUCCUUUGCAAUGUAUGAUAUUUAUCCUAUAUCAUUGUUGUUUGGAAUUGGCGGGUCUAUAAUUCUUGUAACUAGUUUAGGUAUUACUGCUGAUUUAAUAGGUGAUAAAACUAGUAGUGGAGCUUUCGUGUAUGGUGUGAUGAGUUUUACAGACAAAAUAGCAAAUGGAAUUGCAGUUGUAAUUAUACAAGAACUACACAAAAGCCACUCAGAAAAAACGUACUAUAGAGAUAUUAUUACGUAUGUUUGUGGAGGGUCAGCAGUAUUAGGGGCUGCAGCUGUGAUAUCCUUGUUGAAGCGAAGACGAGGUAGAUUAUAGAGCAUUCAGUGAUAUUCACAUUCCUAGUCAAGUAAGCAUUAACAGUGAAAUUACCGACGAAAGGCCAAAUGAAAAUUCGUAAAAAUA